AUGUUUACAGGGUGUGGAGUGGUCAGCGGCCAGAACCAGUAUCUUUCCAGAGAUGCCGUCAGGCCCCACCCAGGACUGGACGUGAAUCGAGCGAUACAAAUGGAGAAUGGGGUGGCGUCGGGGACCUGCUCUGUCUAUCAGGAUCAAACUUACUGUAACACAGGUCAGCCAGCUGUGGUAAACAACAGUUCCAAUCUGCUAAAGCCAACAACAGUGCAGGUCCCUCCGCCUGCGAUCAAACUAGGACAGGAAGGGUUCAAGAAAGUCUGUCGGACAGAGGAGGACAGCCCGUGUCCGUUUCCAGGACUGGCCUCAGGGGUGCUGGAGAUGCGCGUGAAGGAGGGAAGUAAGAUCCGCAACUUAAUGGGAUUUGCCAUGGCACGGAUGCAGGGGGAGAAGGGCGUAAGUGGGGGAAGUGUGAGCAGCGAUGGGCUCAGGCAGGUGGUCUUCACCGGGUCAGGUCGUGCGGUCACAAAAACCAUCACAUGUGCCGAGAUCAUGAAAAGAAAAGUGGGCUCGCUGCACCAGCUGACCAAGCUGCGGUACAAGGUGGUGAAAGAGGUGUGGGAGAGUUCUGAAGGAGAGACGUCUGAGAUGACGGUGCACAGGACGGUUCCCUCCAUCAGCAUCCUUCUUUCCAAAGAUCCACUGGAUCCCCAGGAACCAGGCUAUCAGCCCCCAGAAACUCUUAGUGCAUUGUGGGAGGAAAAAGAGGGUGUGGGAAGCGGCGUCUCGCAGACAGCGACAUGCAAGCGACCUCUUGGACCUCUUGGACCUUUGCCAUACAGCAGUUUCCAUCAGUGUAAGCGAGUGUGUUUGGGGGAAGGAGUCUCCGUCCUCCCUCCUCACUGA